AUGGAGUCGGAUCGAAUGCCUUCCUACGUACAUAAAGUGGCAGAUGUCAUGCUUCUGGAUUCUAAAGAAGAUUACUAUACUAGUUUUGCUUCAAAACAUCAAGUAGUCCCAUAUAAAAAACUAGUGGUACCAUCUGCAAUGAGAAGUAUUUACUGGAAAUGUUAUGGUUUUCCAGCUACUGAAAACAAUGAAAUUUUGACCAGAAAUAAAAUUGUUUGUUUAUUGUGCAAAUCUCAAAUGAUCUACAAUCGCAAUACCAGCAAUUUAAGAAUGCACCUCCAGAAUAAACAUAAGCAUGAACUUGAAGCUUUAGAAUUAGUUCAACCAAUGCCUAGUUGUAAGUCGGGAAGGACUGACAGACGUUCUGCCAGAAGAGGUUGUAAAGUUCGUAGAAGGGACCAAGAUGCUAUGCAAAUGUGUCCGGUUACCAGCCAAAAUGAAGAAUCUGUUGAGAUUACUGAAAGCAACUUGCCACAUUACUUAUCAGAUUUGGACGAGACAACUUUUGCCAUCGAUGGUAAAUAUAUAGCAGAUACUAUUGCUGAGUUUGUAAUAAUGGAUUUACAAUCUCCAGAUAUUGUGGAAGGAAAGGGCUUUCAAAGGCUUGUUGCCACAUUAAAAUCUCCUUGUGAAAUUCCAUCUAAAUCUCGAUUGACUGAAGAAUUCAUUCCGAAAAUAUAUGACUCAGUCAAAGAACAACUUGGACCUGAAAUAUCCAUUAUAAAUUUUGAAAUAUCUUUAAGCGUAGAAGAUUGGGUUUCUUCGUCUGGUGAUACUUAUUCUACUGUGUCAAUGCAUUACGCGCAGAUGGAUGAUGGUGAACUUCAAACCAAGAUUUUGUCAUCUAUUUAUUGUUCCGAUAUGGAUGCACUUCAUUGGGGAGUCCAGUUUGAUUCGGUGAUAGAAGAGUGGGAUAUUAAAGUUUCUCGUGUUAAGGCAAUUAUUGUAUCCUCCAACAGAGAUGAGGUCUAUGAUUCUCUUAUUGCUAGGUCUUAUACUAUCGUCCCCUGUCUUGGGCAUACCAUACAGGCUGCGUGUAUGGAAGCUUGUUUCUACAAACCCGAAGUGGACCUAAUCGUUAAAAAAUGCAGAACUUUGAUUGCUUUGGUCAAUCUCAAUCCUGCUUGUAAUAAUUUUCUUAGAGAGCAAGAAGGAUUAAUAGAGUGUGAAAAAGGUGGUCUUCAACCAGAUACUCCGCCAUUAUGGUCCUCUACAUUUACUAUGCUUGAACAACUCCUGGUCAGAAAAGAUAUUUUGCCAAAAAUAUAUAUUACCUUAUCAAACGCUGGUUAUUCUGUGGAUUCUAUACAGUUCAGUACUGAUGAAUGGUCGAUAAUAGCAGAUAUAACUGAAGUGCUAUCUCCAUUUAAGGUUGCUAUGACAACGCUUUAUGAAGAAAGAAUACCUCUAAUUUCUAUUUUAAAACCACUUUUGCAGCAGCUUAAAAAUGUUCACUUGGAAAAAAACAAAUUUGAUUCAAAAUUCGCUCUUGAACUUAAGUCAGUCCUUUGCACACUGAUCAUGAAUAAGUAUAAUGAUCCAAGAAUUAAUGAAAUUCUAGAUAUGUCAUGUGCAUUGGAUCCAAGGUUUAAAAAUUUGCCCUUUAUGAAUGACAAAUGCAAAGAUCGUUUAAAAGAUAAAUUGAAGGAAAUGAUCAAUAAUGUGGCGCAAGCAACUUCAGGUUUUCGGGAUACCGUUUCUUCUCCUAGUAAACGAUCCCGUCUUUCAGGAAUGGAGUAUCUACUAGGAGACCUUUGUGUCAAGAAUGACGUUCCUUCGGCACAACGUAUUCAUUUAGAAGUUGUCCAAUUUGAGUGUGAACCUCCGAUAACGCUCGACAAAUCUCCAAUACAAUAUUGGAAAAAUAAUCAAGGAAAGUUUCCAAAUAUAUCCAAAUUAGCUCUGCAGUUUCUUUGUAUUCCAGUUUGUGUAAAUAACUAUUUAAAUUCUCAUUUUAAUUUUAAAACUUCCAAUUCAAUUUUAACCCCUCAAUUAGUUCAUAAAUUAAGGUUUUCUCAUCAAAAUAAUGUAACAUUAUGA